AUGCCCAACGAAGAAGCGGAAGAAAUCCAACUAGGUUCCGACAUUGAACGACUUGACCCAGAUGGGAACCUUAUCAUUGUUGCCAAGGGUCAAUCUCCGGCUGAUACAAGACGCUUUCUUGUGUCAUCGAAGGUCCUCAGUCUCGCCUCCCCGGUAUUUGCAAAAUUAUUCGGGCCAAAUUUCUACGAAGGAACGCAAGUGGCGGCUUGUACUUGCCCCGAGGUGCCUUUGCACGACGAUGACCCGGCGGUAACUGGUGCACUACUUGCUAUACUCCAUUAUCAGGAGCCACAGGAUGUACCUAACACAGAUGCUGAAUGGCUUGCUAACCUUGCCGUCCAUUGUGACAAGUAUGACUGCGUGAAGGCACUCAACCCGUGGGUGUUGAAUUGGUUUCAGAAUUUUCCGCCUACUAGGUUAAUGGAAAAAUAUGGUCAUUUGAUUCUUGCUGCCCAUCUCUUCCGCAGCGAGGAGCACUUCUCGAGACUCACUUCAAAGGCCCAGGUGCAUCUAAACCUUAAUUUUCAUUACUACUGGGAUGGUGUUCAAAUUUUGGACAGGAUUCCCGACUCCUUAAAAUGUGAGCUUUCCUUUUGA